CGUGCCUGUCAGCGCGCGCCUGCAAGUCGCAGUGUGAUUUCCUGAAAACAAUGCAGGGAGACAAACAGCGAGUUUAAUCACAAAACUACAGAAUAAAGUGUCGGAUCUGACAGCGGCUCUCAUCAUGGAGCACAUUCUGACCCCGAAGGUCGAACACGUGAAGCUGUUGGACAGAUACGCUGCCAAAAAGCCGGCGGUCGGCACGCUGUACCUCACAGCGACGCACCUCAUUUACGUCGAGCAAUCGAACACCACGCGCAAGGAAUUAUGGGUUCUGCAUCAUCACAUCUCGUCCGUAGAAAAACUUCCGACCACGGGGUCUGGAAGUCCGCUACUCAUCCACUGUAAAACCUUUCAGCGUCUCCACCUGGUGCUGCCCCGAGAGAAGGAAGCCCAGGAUGUCCAUCAGUCCCUCCUGCGUCUGUCUCAACCAGUGAAGGAGGAGGAGCUCUACGCCUUCCUCUUCAACCCCCAGCAGGGUGAAGACGAGCGGCGGCGGGGCUGGGACCUCAUCAGCGUGACCGCCGACUUCAGCAGGAUGGGCCUGCCCAAUGAAUUGUGGGAAAUCAGCGACCUCAACAGUAACUACGAGCUCUGCUCCACCUACCCGCCUGUGCUCGGCGUUCCUAAAUGUGCCAGUGUUGCUACGGUAACAGGCAGCGCCAAGUUUAGGAGUCGGGGCCGCCUGCCCGCUCUGUCGUAUUAUCACAAAGACACCAAGGCAGCGAUCUGUCGGUGUAGUCAGCCUCUCUCUGGUUUAAGUUCCCGCUGUAUCGAGGAUGAACAGAUGCUGCAGGCCAUCAGUGAAGCCAAUCCCAACUGUCCCUUUAUUUACGUGGUGGACACACGGCCCAAGCUGAACGCUAUGGCUAACCGAGCGGCGGGAAAGGGAUACGAAAAUGAGGACAACUAUCCCAAUAUCAGGUUUCACUUUCAGGGCAUUGAGAACAUCCAUGUCAUGAGAAGCAGUUUACAGAAACUACUGGAGUUGUGUGCUCAGAAUAACACGUCUAUGAGCGACUAUCUGACCGGACUGGAAAACUCUGGCUGGCUGAAACACAUCAAAGCCGUCAUGGACGCCGGAGUCUUCCUCUCUAAAGCAGUAGGGGAUGAGGGAGCGAGUGUGUUAGUGCACUGUUCUGAUGGAUGGGAUCGCACGGCUCAGGUGUGUUCUCUCGCCUGCCUGCUGCUCGACCCCUAUUACAGAACCAUCAAAGGACUUAUGGUUCUGAUUGAGAAGGAGUGGAUUGCUUUUGGACACAAAUUCAACCACAGGUGUGGACACCUGGAAGGCGACCCUAAGGAGGUGUCCCCCGUGUUUACACAGUUUGUGGAGUGUGUGUGGCAGCUGAUGGAGCAGUUCCCCUGCGCGUUUCAGUUUACUGAGCGCUUCCUGCUGUCCAUCCACGAACAUGUUUACUCCUGUCACUACGGCAACUUCAUCGGCAACAACCAGCGAGAGAGAGAGCAGCUAAGGCUCAGAGAGAGGACGUUCUCUGUGUGGCCAUAUCUCCUGGAGCAUCAGGAUGAGUUCAGGAACCCGCUGUACAAACGCACUACACACAACGGCUUACUGAGACCCAACACACUGCCACUGCAUUUCAAGUUUUGGUGCGGAAUGUAUAACCAUUACGAUAAAGGGAUACACCCGAGACAGUCCAUCCUGGACACACUGCUGUCCCUGACGGAGAGACAAACCUUCGAGGAGAGGACCAUGACGGACCUGCAGAGACAGCUAGCUAUUGCUGACGGAGUCCUCUCGGCCCCUGAUGGACCAAUCAGCACGCUUCCUGAUCGGAACGGCCACGCCGAGGCCACGCCCACAUCCUCCUUUGACCAGAUGAACGGAGACUCUACGUGUUCGAGUGAAAGCACUGGAGGAGAGGCGGAGUCGGAUCAGGGAAAAGCCGGGAGCGAGACGAAGGUGACGGAAAAGGACAAACCUGUUUCUAUGGCAACGCAGAUCUCUGAAUAGGAGGCAGAGAAAACAGAUCCCCUUCAAUCGCCAUAGUAACAAAACUGACAUUUGGGUUGGAGCUGUAAUCCAAAGGGAAAGAACAAACUCAGGACACACACACACACUGUGAACAACAUUAUUACAGUGACAGAUUAACACUUUAGUUGAAGCCACUCCCCUUAAAUGGUAUUUUAACAAUAUAUUGAAUGUAAAAUAAAUAAGAAGUCAUUGUACAUAAAGUACAAAAAAAUUGUUUAAAAAAAUAUAUAUAAACAGUAUAUAUUAAACAUGGAUAUUUGUAAUAAAUGCUCAUUUAGCCACACCCCCAAACAUCCACACAUUUUUAACAUCUCAAAGAAUUAAUUUUUUUCAUAGUAAAACACUCAAUGAAGAUGUUUUUUCUGAACAUGAGUACACAAAUUGUUGUAAGACAGUUGCAUUUCUUAGCCAUGCCCCUGACAAUCUCGCAUAAAACAUUCCGGCCAUGCCCUUUUAUACAAAUUUCAGUUAUUUUAUGCAUUACAGCACUAAUAAUGGAUGGUAUUUUAGCCACGCCCCUGACAACCCUUUGUAUAUUUCAUAAAUAAAAACAUGGUUUAAGCCACGCCCUCAAAAUGCCAAAGUGAUCACGGCAUGGCAUUUUUUUAAAACACGCCCAAAGGCACUUCUUCCUUUAUCAAAAUUUCUGAUUGUAAACAAAAUUACUAAUAGUUUUGGAGGAACACUGAACUUUUAGACAUUUUUGCUAUGUUGGUAUUUUUCAAAACAUUUAAAAAAAAACUAAAAAAUCAAAAAGAUCAAAAACGAUAACUUUUGUUUUUUUCUACUAUGCUGAUAAAACAAGAUGUUUAUUUGGCGUUUACAGUUUGUACAUUUUUUGUGUGUGUUUAGCGUUAAAAUAAAUUGUGGCGUAUAAAAUGUAGGCACGAGGUUGUUGCAAAAUGUGAUCGCGAGAUGGUAAACUAAAUAAUUAGUAAUAAAUGCUACACAAACGCAAACCUAAUGGAUCUACAUAACAAAAAUACGAUGAUCAAAGACAAGAGAAGAAGAAGCGUUGCACUCCGUUACUGCACUUUUUUGUUACAUUUUACUUUUUUUUAAUUUACAGUUAAUAAAAAGUUGUGUAUAUUUAUGUUGCAAGUAUGUAAGCCUUUCAUCCUGAGGAAUAAAACUCACUCAUUAACUCAAUUAGCUUGCCACGGUGCUAAAGUCAUAAGAGUCCAAGGCUAGCAUAGCUAACUAAUUGUGAAGCUCCAGCACAAAACUAAAAACAAACAACUAACAAAGUUACAUUAAUUGAACAGUUACAAUAUGAAUAAAUUCAUGUAAAAAAAAAAAA